AUGGCCACGAGCAUCGCCUCCCGGCGCCAGGGGAUCAUGACGGGCAAGGGCGGCUCGUCGGAGCUGCUGCAGGCGGGGGUCACGCAGCGGGCGCUCGCAGCAGUCGCGGCGCAGUACCCGGACGACGCCUGGGCGGGCGAGGCGCGGGCGUACGUGCGGGCCAGCGUCGAGUCGGUGGUGCCGUUCACGCUGAACGCGACGCACAACGCGCUCUCGUACCCGAUGGACCGGCUGUCGACGGGCAAUGCCAUGCUGGCGCUGUACGCGCCGGGCGACGCGGCGACCGAGCCCUUCCGCGCGGCCGCGGCCGCCCUACGGCGCAGCAUCGACCUCAACCGCCGCAACCCGGAGGGCGGCCUGUGGUACUUCGUCUACCCGCAGUGGAGCUACCUCGACGGCAUGUACUCGCUCGCGCCCUUCUACACGCUCUACGCCACCGCCGCGCCGUCCGCCAACUCCUCCGACGCCUGCGCCGCCGACGCCGCCCUUGACGACAUGUAUUACCAGAUCGACCUCCUGUGGAACCGCACGCGCGACGCCGCCUCGGGCCUGCUCGUGCACGGCUACGACGCGUCGGGCACGGCGGUGUGGGCGCGCGCGGGCACGGGCGCGAGCCCGCACGUCUGGGGCCGCAGCCUGGGGUGGUACGCGAUGGCGCUGGUGGACACGCUGGAGGUGCUGCCGCCGGCGGGGGCGGCGCAUGGCGGGGGUGCCGCGGCCCGGCACCGGGGCCCGCUGCUGGCCAAGUUCCAGGCGCUGGCGGCGGCCGUCGCCGCCGCGGCCGACCCGCGCACCGGCGCCUGGUGGCAGGUGCUCGACGCGCCGGGCCGCGCCGGCAACUACAUCGAGUCGAGCGCCAGCGCCAUGUUCGCGUACGCGCUGCUCAAGGGCGCGCGCCUCGGCUACCUCGACGUGCCGCCGCCGCCGCCACCGCCCGCGUACGGCGACUCCGGCCGCCCGCCGCUCGCCCGCGCCGCCGCCACCGCCCUCGCCCUCCGCGCCUACCGCUACAUCAACCAGGCCUUCCUCGUCCGCGAGCCCAACGGCACCCUCAGCUACGACCGCACCGUCGCCGUCUGCAGCCUCAACUCCACCGCCUCCUACGAGUACUACGUCAACCAGCCCAUCAACUACAACAGCGUGCUGGGGUCCGCGCCGUACGUGCUCGCGUCCCUCGAGGUCGAGCGGCUGCUAGGCGCCUCGUGA